UUUGUCUGUAAUAAGACACUUGCUGCAGGACAGGACUUGUCUGUCCCCGAGUCUCAUCAUGUUUCCAUCGUCUCCUCUGGUCCUCCACAGAAAUCUGCUGUCGCCAAACAUUUUGUCGCUCUGUCCACCAACUCAGCCAAAGUGAAGGAUUUUGGCAUCGACACGGCGAACAUGUUUGAGUUCUGGGAUUGGGUCGGAGGUCGUUACUCCCUGUGGUCGGCCAUCGGUCUGUCCAUCGCUCUGCACAUCGGCUUUGAAAACUUCGAGCAGCUUCUUGCAGGCGCUCACUGGAUGGACAACCACUUCCGCAGCACCCCUCUGGAGCAGAAUGUCCCCGUCCUGCUGGCUGUCCUCGGCGUCUGGUACAUCAACUUCUUCCAGGCGGAGACUCACGCCAUGCUGCCCUACGACCAGUACAUGCACCGCUUCGCCGCGUACUUCCAACAGGGCGACAUGGAGUCGAACGGGAAGUACAUCACCAAAGAGGGCGUCCGCGUCAACUACCACACCGGACCAAUCGUGUGGGGCGAACCCGGGACCAACGGACAGCACGCCUUCUACCAGCUCAUCCACCAAGGAACUCGUAUGAUUCCUGCUGACUUCCUCAUUCCUGCUCAGUCUCAGCAUCCAAUCAGAGACAACCUGCACCACAAGAUCCUGGUGGCGAACUUCCUGGCUCAGACAGAAGCUCUGAUGAAGGGAAAGACUCCAGAGGAGGCUCAGAGGGAGCUGGAGGCUGCAGGCGUGAAGGGAGACGCUCUGCAGAAGCUGCUGCCACACAAAGUGUUUGAAGGAAACAAGCCGAGUAACUCCAUCGUUUUCAAGAAGCUGAGCCCGUUCGUGCUGGGAGCUCUGGUCGCGAUGUACGAACACAAGAUCUUCGUGCAGGGCGUCAUGUGGGACAUCAACAGCUACGACCAGUGGGGUGUUGAACUGGGGAAGCAGCUGGCGAAGAAGAUCGAGCCGGAGCUGAAGGACAACUCUGAGGUCACGUCCCACGACUCGUCCACUAACGGUCUCAUCAACUUCCUGAAGAAGAACUUUGUCUGAGUCCUCCUCUGUCUCCUCCUCCUCCUCCUCCUCCUCUCUGUCCUCUGUCCCUCUGUCCUCGUCCCCUGCUGUAGUCCUCUCUCAUUGGCUGUUGAUGUGAGAUCGAGCACUUUGUGUCUGUAGACGUGUUUUUUGUCCCGUGGAGGACAGAGGGACGCGCAGAUGUUACUGUAGGUGGCGACACUUUAUCUCAGCACUGACUUUCAAAAUAAAAGUCCUGUGUGUCACUGGA